GGAUUAACGGCGGUUAUAACUUCCUCUUCCCUGCAGGCUGCCUUUCCCUGACCCAUUUUGCGCUUUAGCAGCUCUUCGAGCACCAUGGGCUUGCUGGACAUUUUUUCUUCCAUCAAAGAACGGGCCGAAAAGUUUCUCAAUGAGAAGAACAUGGUGACCGAUUUUCUGGGAAAGGUAGAGGAAAAGACGGGGAUCAAGAAGAAGUUCAUUGCCGCGGGUGCUGUCUCACUGACCGGACUAUAUCUUGUGUAUGGUUAUGGGGCCUCACUUCUUUGCAAUCUGAUCGGCUUUGCAUAUCCUGCCUAUUAUUCAAUCAAAGCCAUUGAAAGUCCGUGCAAAGACGACGACACAAAAUGGCUGACAUACUGGGUGGUGUACGGAGUGUUCAGCCUGGGCGAGUUCUUCUCUGAUAUUUUUCUGUACUGGUUCCCGUUUUACUAUGCUUUUAAGUGUCUCUUCCUGUUGUGGUGUAUGGCUCCUAUGUCAUGGAAUGGAUCGCAGAUAAUUUACAACAAGGUAGUUCGUCCCAUCUUCCUCCGCCAUGAAGCAACGGUGGACAACAUGGUCAGUGAUCUCAGUGGGAAGGCCAUGAGUGCCGCUGAAAACCUCACCAGGGAAGUUUUGUCCACUUUGGUGAAAAACAAAACCUUAGUGACGCCGAUGGCCACAGUAGCUCAGUCAGACACCAGAAGUUUACCAAGUUCCUCUGCACAAACAUCAGGGGCUAAAGUGGUGCCAUUGCAACAGAGGGAGGAGGAACAAAGACCUUUCCUUGGCUAAAAAGUGUGUUUUCCAGUCCAUCAGAAAGUAGUAGCCGAAGAUGAGGAGCUCAAGAGAUGAAAAAGUGAAGAUUUUCUUCUUCAUUCUGACGGAUCCCAAAUGAAAAUCCGUUAGUGUCAAAGACUGGUUGAUUGUCUAUCAAGUAUUAUACAGAAAUUGCAUGUCAGAUCUCCUGUUUCUGUCUUUUUCAUUUUUAAUAUAUUUAUUUAUUAGGAUUAUUGGUAUUUGAAGCUCCUGAAACUUGUUAAAGAUCACCAUCUACCUUAAGGAUGUAGAGAAUCUCUGUUGUUACAUUUUUACUUGUUCCAUCUUGAUGAAAACAAUCUUAGAAUUCAAAACGUUCUGAUUAAAACAAAACUAUGUGAACUCUG